UAAGUAAGAUAGAUGUAGGGAGACAGAAGGGAUAGAUAGAGAAAGAGACUGUUAGAGGGAAGGGAUAGACAAGGGAAAAGAUAGUGAUGUAGAGACAGAAUUGAUAGAGAAUUAGAGAUGGAGAGAGAAAUGAGGCAAUCUAACUGUGGCAUCUGGCAGCGCCACCCCGCCACAGUGACUUGCUAAUCUGUAAAUCUUCUCUCGAGCACUUUCCCUGUAGACCAGAGCCUGCUGCGCACUGACUGGCCAUAUAGCAGUCUGGAAUCACACCCAACCCAUGUGGACUUAGUGAGAGAGGGAUAUAGAGGGAGGGCGGGAGAGAGAGGGAUGGAGGUUGGGAAGGAGAUUGGAAAGAGAGGGAAGAAAACAAAAAGGAAAGGUAUGGAGAUGGAGGGAUAUGAGAGGGGUGAUGAAGGGAUGGAGAACAGGUGAAAUGGAAAAAGAGAGCAUUUCGAUGGCGGUAUCCGAGCAGACAUGCGCGAGAUAAGGUGGAAUGAUGGAGGACAAGAAGUCUGACAAAGGAGGUAUAGGAAAAGAGGUAGACAUGAACAGAAGUACAAAGAGAGGGACGCUGAGGGAAGAAUGACAAGACAGCGAGUGAGGGAUGAGAAGGGUGUGAAGUGGGGGAUUAAGAAUUAUCUGGAGAGUACAAAAGAAGAACAUAGAAGUCAAUGGAUGAAAAAGAAGAGGGGGAAAGGAGGGGGAGAGUGACAGAUGUAGAGAGAGUUAAAAUAUGGAAAGGAGAGAGUUAGAGAGAAAGAAAAGAAUGAGGAAGAUGGAUAUAGACAGUGAGAAGCAGAGUUCCCCACAGUAGGUCUGUCCCUUCUGUAAAAAUCAGCCUGUUCAAGGAAGUAGGGGGGGAGUGGGGAGAGAGGCACACAAACACUCAGCAUGCCUAAAACUGCCCUCUGAUGUCACCAGCCCCUGGAGAGAGAGAGAGAGGGGAGGGGACCAGUGAGAGACACAGCCACAGGGCGAGAGCAAACAGAGCGGAGUGAGAGAAGGAGAGCGACAGAGAGAGAAAACAGAGAGGUGGCGACUGAGAGCACUGUACCGGCGUCUGCUGUGGACUUGAGGCUGUGUUUUACGGCGUGUGGUGUGUCAGUGGUGGAGAGUUUAGCUCCGGUUCAGUGAGGCCGAUCUAGCGAUCGCGUUGGCCACACACCAUCUGGACAGCACAACUGAUGGUCGACGUGAGAGCGGCACUGCCCAUGCAGGUGCCCCCGGCCGCCAUCCCCAUGGACCUGCGCAUGGACCAGCCCUUUGGCCUGGCACCGCGACCAGACGACCAGGGCCACCAAGGACAGGUCCCAGGUCUUCGGGAGCAGCAGCUGCAGCAGGAGCUGUUGGCCCUCAAACACAAACAGCAGAUCCAGAGACAGCUGCUCAUCGCCGAGUUCCAGCGGCAACAUGAGCAGCUCUCACGCCAGCAUGAGGUCCAGCUACAGGAGCAUGUUAAGCACCAGCAGGACCUCCUGGCCCUGAAGCAUCAGCAGGAGCUGCUGGAGCACCAGAGGAAGAUGGAGAGACACCGCCAAGAGCAGGAGAUGGAGAAGCAGCAGAGGGAGCAGAAACUCCUACUGCUCAAGAACAAGGAGCGUGGCCAGGAGAGUGCGGUGGCCAGCACGGAGGUCAAGAUGCGGCUGCAGGAGUUUGUCCUGAACAAGAAGAAAGCCCUGGCUCAGCGCAGCCUCAACCACUGCAUGAACACUGACCCACGCUACUGGUACGGGAAGACCCAGCACAGCUCCCUGGAUCAGAGCUCUCCUCCCCAGACAGGGAUGUCCCCUUACAGCCACGCCAUCCUGGGGAUGUACGACCCCAAAGACGACUUUCCUCUCCGCAAGACAGCCUCUGAGCCCAACUUGAAGCUCCGGUCCAGGCUUAAACAGAAGGUGACAGAGCGUAGAAGUAGCCCACUGCUACGUAGGAAGGAUGGUCCAAUAAUCACUACUGCCAAGAAGCGCUCUCUGGACAUGGCUGAAUCGGCCUGCAACAGCGCACCUGGCUCGGGCCCCAGUUCGCCCAACAACAGCUCCAGUAACAUCACCAAUGAGAACGGCAUCGCUAGUACAGUCGAGGCCUCCCUGGCCCACAGGCUGGCCGGCCGAGAGGGCCCCUUGAGCCAGCUGUCUCUGUACACAUCUCCCUCACUGCCUAACAUCACCCUGGGCCUGCCAGCCACCGGCCCGUCCAGCAUGACGUCAGGCCAGCAGGAUGGUGACAGGCUAUCGAUGCAUGAGAGGCUGCAGCAGGGCUUCCCCAUAACCACUCCCUUCAUCCCGGGGGCCCACCUGCCCUCCUACCUGACUGAUGGGGGCUCAGCACACAACCCCCUCCUCCAGCACAUGGUGCUCCUGGAGCAGUCCCAGAACCCACUAGGUCUGUCCUGCUGCCUGGGCGGGCUGCCCUUGCAGUCGCCCUCCAUCCACAAGCUGCGUGGGCAGCACCGUCCCCUGGGGAGGACCCAGUCGGCCCCUCUGCCCCAGAACGCCCAGGCCCUGCAGCAGCUGGUGGUCCAGCAGCAGCACCAGCAGUUCCUGGAGAAACACAAGCAGCAGUUCCAGCAGCAGCAACUGCACAUCAACAAGAUGAUGGCCAAGCCCAGCGAACCAGGGCCGGGUCGACAGCACGAGAGCCACCCAGAGGAGACAGAAGAGGAGCUAAGGGAGCACCAAGCCCUGUGUCCCCAGGAAGGAGUCCUCAUGCGCGGGGUGACGGUCAAGCAGGAGCCCCCGGACCCUCAGGAAGAGGAGAGGGACAACCGAGAGAGGAUGGUCGACCAGGAGCUGCUCUUCAGACAGCAGGCUGUGUUAUUGGAGCAGCAGAGGAUGAUCCAGUUAAGGAACUACCAGGCUUCCAUGGAGUCAGCUGGCCUGUCAGUCACCUUCCCAGUGCACCGCCCCCUCUCCAGGGCCCAAUCAUCUCCCGCCUCGGCCUGCUUCCCCCCCAUUGUGGUACAGCAGGAGCCGCCCACCAAGCCUCGCUUCACCACUGGCCUGGUGUAUGACACGUUGAUGCAGAAGCACCAGUGUAUGUGUGGCAACACCAACACACACCCCGAGCACGCCGGACGCAUCCAGAGCAUCUGGUCCCGACUGCAGGAGACUGGACUGAGGGGCAAGUGUGAGUGUAUCCGAGGGCGGAAAGCCACUCUGGAGGAGUUGCAGAUGGUUCACUCUGAGGCCCACGUCCUUCUGUAUGGAACCAACCCACUCCGACAGAAACUAGACAGUUCAUUGACUCCCAUGUUUGUGAGACUGCCUUGUGGAGGGGUAGGGGUGGACAGCGACACCAUUUGGAACGAGGUCCACUCGUCCAGCGCGGCUCGUCUGGCUGUGGGCUCCGUUGUGGAGCUGGUCUUCAAAGUGGCGGCUGGAGAGCUCAAGAACGGCUUUGCUGUAGUCCGGCCCCCUGGACACCACGCGGAGGAGAGCACACCUAUGGGAUUCUGUUACUUCAACUCCGUGGCCAUCGCAGCUAAACUUCUGCAGCAGAGGCUCAGUGUCAGUAAGAUCUUGAUUGUGGAUUGGGAUGUUCACCAUGGAAAUGGCACGCAACAAGCAUUCUACAGCGACCCCAACAUUCUCUAUCUGUCACUCCAUCGCUACGAUGAUGGCAACUUCUUCCCCGGCAGUGGAGCGCCUGAUGAGGUGGGCACUGGGGCAGGCAUGGGCUUCAAUGUGAACAUGGCUUUCACUGGGGGGCUAGAACCACCCAUGGGAGACGCAGAGUACCUGGCUGCCUUCAGGACGGUGGUGAUGCCCAUCGCCAAUGAGUUUUCUCCUGACGUGGUUCUGGUGUCUUCAGGAUUCGAUGCUGUGGACGGCCACGCAUCACCCCUGGGAGGGUACAAGCUAACAGCCAAAUGUUUCGGCUACCUGACCAGGCAGCUGAUGGGGCUGGCCGGGGGACGCCUGGUACUGGCCCUGGAGGGGGGCCAUGACCUCACUGCCAUCUGCGAUGCCUCUGAAGCCUGCGUCUCUGCUUUGCUAGGAAUCGAGUUGGAUCCUAUCCCUGAGGAGGUGAUGCAGCAGAGGCCCAACCCCAACGCUGUCCACUCCAUGGAGAAGGUGCUGGAGGAACAUGGUAAAUACUGGCGAUCUCUGCAGCGCGGGGCCUCCACACUGGGCUACUCUCUGAGCGAGGCUCGUCAGUGUGAGACAGAGGAGGCCGAGACCGUCACUGCCAUGGCCUCCCUCUCUGUGGCCAACAAGCAGAGGAGGAGUGAGGAGGAGCCUAUGGAGGAGGAGGUGCCUCUGUAAAGGGAUGACCACGCCCCCUUUACCAUUCAAACACCCAUUUAGUCCUCAGCCAACCACUAACCUCCGUUUGAAUUUGACCCCAAUCCUUGGCCCCUCCCACGCCCUGUCUAGAAGGCACAUCAGCCCCGGGGGGGACAGGGGACAAUGUUGAGUGGUUAUGAAACGGAAACAGAAGACGACACUAUCUCGCUCAUCCGGAGUGGACGGACUAAAAGGCCGCCGAUAUGUUGUACUGUCUCUAUGUAUGGAGGCAGAACACAAGGAGCCUCAGGUUGCCAGGUUUCUUCGGGUCUUUACUUCAGGACCAGUGGGAUCUAAGGUGACCUUGAGUGUCUAUGCUUUUUUUGUAACAGACACACUCUGUCUGAAGUACCACUCCAGACACCGAAUUGCUAAGUUAGCACUCUUCUUUCAUUUUAUCUUUAUGUCGUUUGUUCCUUUUUCCUUUCACUGAAAAACAGCAACAGCGCCCUAUGAUAUAAUUCCGACACUGUUUACAAACUUUCAGUCGUUACCAUUCACAAAAAGACUUUGAGAAAAGAGAGACGUCGCAGGGCUUGCUGAAAUUUCUGGCCAACUUUUUGAUUGGCGAAAGCAGACAUUUUUUUGUGUUGUAAGAUAGGUACAAAGCGAGGAAGAGAGCGAGAGCACGAUGGACGUGUGACCAGGUCUUCUGGUUCGAGAUGACAGACAGUAAAAAGACUGAGUUUGUGCCUUUUUUUCCCAGCCUGGUGGAUUCUACGAUGAACUCACGACGAAGAGCUUUGCCUUAAAUGAGUUUUCGAGGGGAGAGAGGUGCCCUCCUCUCGCCCUCAAACCUCAUCCCCUUAUGUUGUGGCGAGACUGGAAAUGCCAGCACGAUGGCACAUAGACAGAAGGCCCUUGGCAUGUUUACCCUGAAUUCCCUGUAGCCCACUGUCCCAUCCCUGUUCCCUUUGACCUCGUCGUAACCCCUUUACUGUCAUUUAGAAGGUAGUUGCCAUGCUACACAGGGACUAACAUGGUUAGUCUUUUUCAGUGGAACUGAAUGGUUGAAUCAACGGUUGAAACAUCAGCCAAUGAUGUAGCGAGCUGGUAUAUAAACCCUUAACCAAAUACACGUCACCUCUUCGAAAGAGUUAGCUAGCAUGCACUGUAGUCUGUACUAGAGAGACUUGCCAUCUUAAACGAGAAUGCUGUUCAAAAAUAGUAGUAGUAAGACAAGAAAUUAAGCCAAAGCGUGACGUUGCUAUCAGCGCAAUAGUCAGGAUCCACGUAGUAUUGUAAGCUUAUAAGACAGAUUUUACUAUCAUGACUUUACAUUCAAGGUUGUUCUCUAUGAGAGAAUUAGAAGAGUUGCCCCAUUUUUGUUAACUUUCACCCUCACCUUUCAAAACGUUCUAAUGUCACAACGUUCAGACGAUCUUACAGUCAUUUAGGGGCAGUAGAUACAAUGAGCCGUUCUUUUGGCAUUUUGUUCACACAAAAAAAAUAUGUGUCUUUGUUACCAUGGUGACAGAGCAAUUAGACGGACAUACCACCUCUGUGAGUUUUCGGAGAGGAGCAAGUGGCACCCAUGUUCUCUGUCCACACAGGUGCUCUUAAAGUGUCAGGUGCUAGCGAACAGGUUCAUGCGUGUGUACGUGAGUGUCACGUCGCAAUCCAGUGAACAAACUCUUUAUACACUCAGACACAGUUGUCAUAGCUACUGCUAGGAGUGUUUGGGUUUUUUUUUGGUUCAGGAAAGUGUAUUCAAUCUUGUGUGAGACACAUUAAAUAACUGUAUAUACAAUACAUUUGCACGCAUGCUGUCCAAAAACUUUCUUACCACAUACAGUUGACUUAGUUCUCAAACACCUAUAGUGCAGAAUAUGGAGAAUGAAUGAUAUAGUGAUCUGUAUACGGUGUAUUGAACACCCACACCCCCAACUCAUGUUUAGCCUCUGGGCAACUACCUUCUACAUUAUUCCAUUGAAGUCAUAAUCACUUGUUUCUACUUUUGGUAAAGGAGGAAGAAUUGGGGAAGAUUGAUGUUGUUUCUGCAUUGAUCUUUCUUACGGAUUUUUCCAACGCAGUUGUUUUGAUGACUACUUCAUUUGUGUGGUUUUUACCAAUAUUUUUUGGUAUUUUUUUCAUUUGUUUUUGUUUUUGUCUUUUGAAGUGGACUUCUGUGUCUCUGGUUUCUGUACUUUUCAUUUGUAUUCCUGUUGUUUUUGUAUUAUUUUCAGUUCUUUCUCUCUGUUACACUUUCUACAGUUGACUUGUCUCACGAUCAAGUGAGAGUUCAGUUCCUUUUCAUGGCAAAAGGAUCUGGGGUUGUAAGGGGAGGGAUGGAGAGAGAUGG